AUGGGGAAUCGCAGCGGAGGGAGGGGAAUGUCUGGUGUGAGAGACGGGGAGGGGGGAACGGGAACAGGCCGUACAGGAGGAAGGAGCGGCGGUGCCGAUGUCUGGUGUGAGAGACGGGGAGGGGGAACGGGAACAUGCCGUACUGGAGGAAGGAGCGGCGGUGCCAACUUGAGGCCGGAGUGCAGCGAAUCGCAGCGGAGGGAGGGAAUGUCUGGUGUGAGAGGCAGGGCCGUACCGGAGGAAGGAGCGUCGAUGCCGAUGUCUGGUGUGAGAGACGGGGAGGGGGAACGGGAACAGGUCGUACUGGAGGAAGGAGCGGCGGUGCAGACUUGA